UUUCGAGUUCUAUACCCUAGGACGGCUCUGAUAACAAUGACCAGCGAUCCAUUACAAGAAGACGAUAAAGAAGGUUUGUUUGAUAUUCUGUCACGUGAUGUGUUACCUGCCUAAACACUAUUACCUGCGUCAAUCGGUGGAAAAAAAGAAAAAUCCAAUUUUUAUGACCGGUGAUUUAAAAAUGAAUUAAAUUAUUUGACAAACAAAUCAAGCGAAGAGAUAUACUUUCGCGACUCCAAAGGACUCACCGUAGAAGAGAUUUGCUGAAUAUGAAGUGAGAGUCAGCACCACGUGACAGUUGUCAUGGGAUCGAAACCGUCCACACAACAGGACACGGUGCAGCGCUCAUCUUCAGCGCCAAAUGUAAAACAAUCACUUCAAAACGGGGUCUCCCCGUCAGGCACAGAUACACCCUCUAGUUCUCGUAACCCACCCAAAUCUGCCGCACCCACUGGGAGAAAACCACCACCCUAUCACAGCAGGCAGAUCCCCCCGCCCAAACCGCCGAAGACCUUGAAGGAUGAUAUCUUCAGUUUGGAGAAGUACAAGUUUGUCGAUGAUUAUGUCCUCAAUGCUCCUCCUAGGCUCCUUAUGGGGUCAUUUAAGGAACUCAUCCGAUACUUGACGGCGGAGGAAGACUGGGAUGAUGUUGCCAAGGCGCGCGCCAUUUUCCGAUGGGUGACAGCCAUUGAUGUGUACAGUCUCAAGGUGGACAGCGACCCUCCCACGCAUUCACCCCUUGAGUACUUCACCAAAAUCCAAAAGAAUCAAGGAAAUCAUGCUCACCUGGUGUCAGGAUUGUGUCAAAUGGCAGGUUUACCUUGUGUCAUAGUAAGUGGUAUGAACAAAAGUGCUGCCUAUGAAAUUGGCAGUAAAUGUGAAAGGAAGAAUAUGGGUGCACAAUGGAAUGCCGUGUAUAUCAAAGACGACUGGAGAUUCAUGGAUGCAUUUUGGGCCUCAGCCUGUGUUGUUGGGAAGAAGUCGAGUGAGUGGACACUUGUUGACAAUGACGGUAACGUUACACAAGAAGACGAGGAGGAAUCGGAAGGGGAGACACAGCAUCGUGUAAAUGAAUUCUAUUUUCUGCCCAAUCCCGACCAGUUAAUAUGGACACAUUUCCCUGAUGAGCAAGACUGGCAACUGUUAGAAAAGCCAGUUACAGUCAAAGAUUACGAAGGUCACGUGUAUGUAAGGGAGAGGUUCUACUAUCUGGGAAUUAACUUUACACCAAAGAGUGAAACUAAAUGUGUACUUACGGCAAAAGAUGGAGAAAUAUCUCUUCCUUUCUCGUUGCCUGCAGAUCGAAGUGAAUUCUACAGGUUCAAAUACAUGCUUUAUAAGAAUAAGUCUGCUGGCGGGAAUCAAGCAGAUGUCAAUCUAGAUCGGUUUGUGCUGUUUGAGCACACAGCAGAAAGUCUUCGAUUUGCAUUAAGAUUUCCUCUACAAGGAAAAUUCAAAAUGGAUAUUUUUGGGCUAGACGUGCGUGAGUCGGAUAUCUUUGAUUUGACCUGCACAUAUCUCAUUAAUUGUCCAGAAGCACAGAAGAAUUGCCUUCCAUUGCCAGACUGCCCGCCUAUUGGUUGGGGUUUUGGUGGUGACGCCAAAAAUGCAGGAUUGGAAGCAAAAUCUCACGAUGGUGCGAUCAUCAUCACAAAGGACGGAAAAGUUGAAAUCAAACUGGGUGCACAUAAAGACAUUCGUCUGCAUCAACUUUUGAAGAAUACAAUAGUUGAUGAAGCCACUCUUAGUAAGUAUGCAGUGAUAAGAGAAGAGAAUGGAGAAUUCAUUGUAGACCUAAGAUUACCACAAGGAGGAGAAUACGCAUUGAAAUUAUAUGCAAACGAAGAAGGGGAAGACGGAGAAGCUGGCAAUGUCUUGAAUUAUCUCAUCAAAUGCAACGAGAAAAACCUGUCCAACAAGCCAUUCCCGAACAUUACUGAUGGUUUCAUAGGCAAAAAAUCAAUCGCUGAUGCUUUGGGUGUAAAAGCUUUAUCCCAUAAGGAUAGCAAACUUCAUUCAAAGGACGGAAAAUUAAAGCUGGAGUUUCAGGCUAAAAACAACAUGGAACUUGUCUGUGAGCUUCACAGCAACGAUCCCAAUGCCACAAAGCAUAUGAAAGUUUAUCCCAAGGAAGUCAACGGCAAGUGGGUAUUUGAUAUAGAUAUGCCCAUAGAAGGGGAGUACUCGGUGAAUAUCUUCGCCAAAAAGAAAGGCGAUGACAACAAGAGAAUUUAUAAUGUACAUUCCUACAUGGUUCAAUCAGAUGGUCAUGCUCUAGAAAAUGGCGAGGAUAAUGAAUCGAAAGAUGGGGAUGACUCAAAAGAAGAAAUCAAAGUGGUCACGGAAACAGUCCAGACGUCGGAGAAAGAAAUCCUGAUACCAGUGCCUAAAGGUUUCGACAAUGUGGUCGCCUGCCUUCAUAGAAGACAUGCAGACGAUCCUCCCAAUGCCCAGGAGCUGGAAUUCAUGGAGCAAGACGGAAUGAAGCUGUUCAAAGCUACGUUCGAUGAGUUUGGAGAGUACAUAAUGGAUCUGUAUCAGAAAGAUGAAAAUGGGCAAGUGAAGAACAUAGCGAGGUAUCAAGUCAACAGAAAACCAGCAUCUGAGCUGUACCAGGAUGACGCACGAUUGCUGAUGGAUCAGUUACAAGCCGACAUGAAACACAACCGCGAGGAGGAAGAACACAAACAGGACGAAGCAGACAAGGAACUAGGGGCUCUCAAGAGAGCCAUUCAAAAGGCGAUGGACCUUAAGGACCCAGGGAUGCUGGAAAGGAGCAUUGCGGACUUCGAAGCAACCAACCCCCCAGAGAAUGAUAAAUUGUUACUAAAGGCAAAGAGGCUUCUAGAGCUUCUUAGAGCCAAAGAAGAGCUGAAUACUGCAUCACACAACAGAAGCUUGGAGGAAUUGGACAAAGCAAUCGCCCGCGCCAAAGCCGCUAAUUACGAUAGUCUUCUAGACCUUCAGAUUGUCAUGGCAGGUCGUCUCAGGGAUCAGCUGCAUAGAAUCGAAAGACUCCGCCACUCUGUUCUUAAUAUGGACAACAGAACCAUAGCCGAGAUUCGCACCUACGGCAAUCCGCCAGAUGGCGUUCACCAGUCACUACAAGCUGCGUUCUUGUUACUGGGACACUCCAAAAAGGAUGUCAAGGUUUGGAAGACAUGCCAGAGCAUCCUGGGUAAGACAGGCCGGGAGUCAGUCAUGCGUCACAUUUCGGCCUUUGACCCAAAAGACUGCUAUCUUGACGUGGCUCAGUCAGCUAAAGUAGUGAUUGAACCCUACUCACUUGAGCAGAUCCGUGACGUCAGCGCCGGGGCCGCGACCUUCUUUGUUUGGGCGAAAGGAAUGAUUGAAGAAGUAGAAGCAACUGGUGGAGCCGAGAGACCAGACGACAAAAUGAAGGACAAGUCCACCACUAAAAAGGGAAAUGCAGGAGGCGCAAAGAAAAAGAAGAAAUAGACAACCAGAAUGUUACCUACAUAGACGGGAACUUAUGGAUCUGAUUGGUUGUGUAAAAGACAAUCAGUGUUAACUGUUAGGGACCACGUGAUGCCUUCAUCAAUAUUUAUUUUCUUCUUUUUUUUUUAUCAGAAGAAGCCUGAAAGAAGAAUAGUUGUAAUUGUUUACAUGCUGUGAUAGGUUUGAAUCUUAACCGUUUGUCUUGCUUACGGUUUAAAAAUAUCAAGUGAGGAUUGAUAUUUUUAUUUUAUUAUUAUUAUUAUUAUUUUUUUUUUUUGCUUAUAUUGUUUAUUUUUCUUGAAGCUUGGCACAUUGUAUUUAGUUUAAAUCAAGGGUAUGGAAUAGAGUUUUAUAAUAUUCACGUACAUAUCUCUCUACUACAGCAAAUAAUAAACUGUGCCUGUUAAGUUUGGUUUAUAUGAAAAGUUUGAUUUGAUGGCAUAUAUGCUUGUCAAUAAUCUUGCUAAGAUUGAAGUAUUUUUAUUAUGCAGCUAGUAAACAAAAAUUGUUACAAUCUAUUUAUUAAGCAUAUCGUAACUUGUAUUUUGAGAUAUAUUUAAAAUUUUAACUUUGUUGUUAAUUGAAAAAAUUAUUAACCUCGAUUAAUUAUUGAUUGAUAAGAUUUGAGAUAGUUUAUUUAUUACAUUGCCAUAGAAAACAUUUAUACAAUUCACUCCGUCCGGUGUACUUCUUGCACAAUCUUUUCAGAUCUGGAGUUGGUUUGUUAUAUAGACACUUAAAGAAAAUUCCGUCCAAAAUGUAAUUUGACCUUAAAACAUUUUCUUUUUUGUUACUUAUACAAGUAGUUUAAUAAAUGCAUCAUCAUUAA